AUGGCUCUCGCUGCUGAUUUAAGUACGCUUAUUGAUGCCUUGAUCACUUCCGUUGCCAAGAUACCGCCGAACCACAAGGGGUCUGCGCACACCCAGAGUCUGAAGCGUCGUGUACAAGCGGGUCUCCGAACUGGAUCUCAUACGCGCACCGACCAAUUUGCAGUCACCAAGCAACUCGAGGGACUACAGGAAAAGUUUCAAAUCUUGAAUAGAGAUGAACUUGCCGAAGCCCUUCACAGCCGCCUUGCGGAUCUGGAGAGAAAUCGGCACUCCUGGCUCCCAGAGAUCCUGAGUCUCUUUCUGCAGCUCUCAGAUCGCCCCGCUCUUCUGUCUACGGUCAAACGUCCGGAGGAAGGGACCAAGACACCAGAAGCAAAAGAGACUCUUUCUUGGUCCGACCUUAAUGCAGAAGGUACUGCAUUUAGCGAUGAAGAAAUUUGGGAACAGGUAGAUUUUGCUGGCGACUCAUCAGAUGACGACUUUUCAUCCGUUGCCAGUGAUGUAUCUCUCCCAAAGCACAGGCCUCAAUCAGCCACAACGGUGGAUGAAAGCUACACGAUACCAGAGGACGUUUUUGUUCCAACAGAGGAUGGGGAUCUUGUUGCUUCUCUAGAAAAGGCUCAAUUCUGGAGAGCGGAAAAUCACCCUUCGCCGCCCCGAGGAGAAGCAGCCACACGACCCAUCACAGAAUCCCAGCUUGCUAGAGAGACUAUCUUUAUGCUCCAGGGCCUUCCGACGUCUGUUUAUGUACGUUUGGACGAUGAUUUUGGAGUGGAUCGAAGAUACACACUUGCACAUUCAUCCAGCGAAGCCCUGUCAUCGCUUUUGGAGUGUUUUAGCGAUAUAGGCGCCAAACUCAACGAUGUACGAGAUUUCACCAAGCUCCCACAGACCAUCCCAUAUAUGCAAACAUUUUGCCGAGGUUUAGAAGAGCGUCUUCUUGAAUUUAGUAGAGUCUUAUCUCAACUUCAGUGCAAAUACCUUUCCGCUGGGUCAACUAUCAGUCUCAUCCAGCUUCUUGUUGAUGUUCGUCAACACUCCCACGAGCUAGCAUUGCUUGCAGAAAUGAUCACCAAGCUAGACAAAAGCUCGACUGAUCAACCAAUGUGCUGCCUUGAUUCGUUAUACGACUUAAUAUGUAUGUUGGAGGCCCUUGGCGACGAAAGUACAUCUCAAAGCCUGGCAGAGCUAUUCUUUAUGUGUUUCAAAACAUAUUCAAGCUCGAUUCGACUCUGGAUGGAAAAAGGUCAGGUUGAUGCUUCGGACAGCACUUUCUUCGUGCGAUCUAAUCGUGAGAAUGAGAACGGGGAUCUUCGAACUCUUUGGCAUGACUGGUUUGUGCUUGAUAUGGGCUACGGGCAGCAGAGGAUCCCUCGGUUCCUCGAAGCUGGUGUCCAUAAAGUCUUUACGGCGGGGAAGAGCAUGGUAUUCCUACUCCAUCUGAAUGCGCCACCAGACAUUGAGACCAUGAGAUUCGAGGACCUCUAUUCCCAGGAUUCUUCACUAUUACUUCCUUUCCCCGCAUUAGUAGAGUCCGCUUUUGAAAAGCUUGUGGAUGUGGAUCAUUCACUCAGUGCUAGCCUAUUACGAACCGAACUCGACCAACAAUGCGGAUUAUGGACCUCCCUUGAUGCCCUUCAGCAUGUCUACCUCGCUAAAGACAUGAGCGCCGUCAGCAUUGUUGACGCUAAAAUAUUUGAGCUGAUCGAUCGGGGUCGUUCCUGGGAUGACAGGUUCCUGCUCACCGAGAUAUCAAGGACGGCUUUCAGUUCAGUAUCUGUCAUUGACACAUCAAGACUCCUUGUGCGGCCAGCUAGUACUCCAUCAUCGCGGGGUUCUGAAAAUAAUCACCGGACUGUGGGGAUUCUGGAAGCAAUCUUAAUUGAUUAUGGCCUCCCAUGGCCUAUUGCGAACAUAAUCACCGAGGACGCAAUACACACCUACCAACGGAUCUCAACCUUCCUGAUGCAAAUCAGACGCGCUAAAUAUGCAAUUGUGAAACAGCGUAUUCGCGACGCUCGCGUCGUCACACCUGGCGACAAUGACACAUUGGUGCGCGCUCUACACCAUAACAUGCUCUGGGUUCUCGAUUUCAUCUACGGUCAUCUGACCUAUCUCGUGAUAUCCACCGCAACCCAAUCUCUACACAAAGAUUUAUCUGGUGCACAAGAUGUUGAUGCCAUGAUAGCCGCCCACCAAUCCUACAUGUCUUCUUUGGAAGCCCAGUGCCUCCUCUCUAAAGAUUUAUCACAUAUCCAUGACGCAAUAAUCAAUUUCCUGGAUCUGUGUGUUCAUUUCGCAGAUCUACAAGCCGCGCACUUGAUCGGCGACGAAGAACAACACCAUCCAAAGAAUCUGAAGACACCGCGCAAAAAGAGGGACGCUGGAGACGAGUUCGACUCCGAUGAUGAUGAUGAGGAGGAGGACUACGAUCAUAUGAAACGCGAACACACACUCACAGUCUCAUUUCGUGAAUCGACAUACAGCCAGCAGAUGAAAACAGUCAACAACAACUUCAAUCAUCUAACCGCCUUUGUGACGGAUGGCUUGAAAAGCCUAGCCCGUGCAGAUGGUCUUCACAGUUGGGAUAUUCUUGCCGACAGGCUCGAAUGGAGGCGGAAUUGGCGUAGGCAUUGA